UGUGUGCAUUUAUUCAGUAGCAGGAGUGCAAACCUCAUACAUUGAGGGAGAAAGGCAGCGGGAGACGGCCGCCGAGAUUCCCCCCAUCUCUUUGAAUAUAAUUUUAGAUUGAGAUUCAGAUUAAAUCCGAGGGGGAAAACACUUUAUGAGGCUGAAAGCUGUGUCGUUGCCAGAGCCAGGGUUAUGAGCUAUCAAAUGCAAUUACAUUAAGACAGAUUAUACUGGGCAAAUUGAGCCAUUUAGAAGGUGAGAAUCAAAGAAACGGCUCUGAUCCUCUGUUCCUCCUUCCCUCUCUCUCUCUCUCUCUCUCUCUCCUCUCUCUCCCUAAAUUGCAGUUCGUAGUUCCUUGCAAUUCUGAGGCACAAAAGUAGGUGAGACCGCUUUUGUAUCUGCGAAGUGCUUCACUCCUGAAUGUAAUUCUAGCUGAGUGCAAUCUAGGCUAAGAGCCGGACAAACGGGUAAUUAGAGCCCGCUCGCUGCCGGACCAGGACCGGCCGCCCCGCCGAAGCGCACCCGGAGUCGGCGCCCUUUUCUCCCCCAACCCCAUCCCCGGACUCCCGGCCCAAGCCGAGCCGAGCCGAGCUGCGGCUGGACACGGAGCGGCGGAGCGGCCGAGAUGAUGGUACUGGACAAGGAGGACGGUGUGCCAAUGCUCUCUGUCCAACCCAAGGGAAAGCAGAAGGGCUGUGCAGGCUGCAACCGCAAAAUCAAGGACCGCUACCUGCUGAAGGCCCUGGACAAGUACUGGCACGAGGACUGCCUCAAGUGUGCCUGCUGCGACUGCCGCCUGGGCGAGGUGGGCUCCACCCUCUACACGAAGGCCAACCUCAUCCUGUGCCGGCGUGACUACCUGAGGCUUUUUGGCACCACAGGAAACUGUGCGGCCUGCAGCAAGCUGAUCCCAGCCUUCGAGAUGGUGAUGCGGGCCCGGGACAACGUAUAUCACCUCGACUGCUUCGCCUGCCAGCUCUGCAACCAGAGAUUUUGCGUGGGAGACAAAUUCUUCUUGAAGAACAACAUGAUCUUGUGUCAGAUGGACUAUGAGGAAGGGCAGCUCAAUGGCACCUUCGAAGCCCAGGUUCAGUAACGCCCGGAGUCUGGCCUCUAGGCCCAUCUGUCUGCCCGCCUGCCCACCUGCCUGGCAGGCUGGCCAGCCGCUCUGCCUGCCCGGGCUGGCCAGCCACUGUCCUGCAAGUUAGAACUUCAGCCUCAGUGAGAGGGCGGCCCCCCCACACCACCACCGCCCGUCCACGUGGGAGCGCUCCUGAGGCCGGGCUCAGCCUGUACAGUCGAUCUUCUGUAUAUAAAUGGGAACAUUUAUUUUAUGAGAAAUGUAAUGCGAUUUUAUUACUGGCGUGGAUUAAACUUAUGAAUGUUUCCGGGGA